UUCAGCAACCCCCCUGGAACUGCCUCACUCGCACACAGGACAGGAGCGCAAAGGUUACGGCCGCACAUUUCGUCACCUGCUAAAGCUAUCUAAGAUUUAACCAGUGUAGCAUAUUGUUAACGUUUUUGGGGUUAAAAAACUUCCAAGAUUUUGCUUCCAAUGGCUGGACUACAGUACCUGACUGGCUUUGGUAAUGAGUUUGCCUCAGAAGAUCUCCGCUGUCCAGGGGCGCUGCCUGAUGGGCAGAAUAACCCCCAGGUGUGUCCCUAUGGGCUGUAUGCCGAGCAGCUGUCUGGCUCAGCCUUCACCUGUCCACGGCCGGCCAAUAAGCGAAGCUGGCUGUACCGCAUCCUGCCAUCUGUGUGCCACAAACCUUUUACUGCAAUGCAUCAUGAUAACCUCACAGACAACUGGGAUGAAGUGGAGCCUGACCCUAACCAGCUCCGCUGGCUUCCAUUCAUCAUUCCAAAAGCCUCAGAGAAGAAGGUGGAUUUUGUAAUGGGCCUGCACACUGUGUGUGGAGCAGGGGAUGCCAAAGCUCGCAAUGGGAUUGCCAUCCACAUCUACACCUGCAACACCUCCAUGAUUGACAGGUGUUUCCAAAACUCAGAUGGAGAUUUGCUCAUUGUUCCACAGCAGGGAGGAAUCCUGGUCACCACGGAGUUUGGGAAGAUGAUGGUGGAGCCGAAUGAGAUUUGUGUCAUUCAGCAAGGGAUGCGUUUCAGCGUGGAUGUUUACGGGGAGACCAGAGGCUACAUUCUAGAGGUGUAUGGUGCCCACUUUGAGCUGCCGGAUCUGGGUCCCAUUGGCGCCAAUGGUCUGGCCAAUCCCCGGGACUUCCUGGUUCCUGUUGCGUGGUACGAUAACCAUCCAGUGUCCAGUGGCUACACCAUCAUCAACAAGUACCAGGGAAAGCUGUUCUCUGCCCAACAGGAUUUCUCCCCCUUCAAUGUGGUGGCCUGGCAUGGCAACUACACGCCCUAUAAAUACAACCUGGAGAACUUCAUGGUGAUCAACAGUGUCGCUUUCGACCACGCGGACCCUUCCAUCUUCACCGUGCUGACGGCCAAAUCCACACGCCCCGGUGUCGCCAUUGCAGACUUUGUAAUCUUUCCUCCUCGGUGGGGAGUGGCUGACCACACCUUCAGACCCCCAUAUUACCACAGGAACUGCAUGAGUGAGUUCAUGGGCCUGAUCAGAGGGCAUUAUGAGGCCAAGGAGGAAGGCUUCCAGCCAGGAGGGGGCAGUCUCCACAGCAUGAUGACCCCACAUGGGCCUGAUGCAGACUGCUUUGAGAAGAACAGCAGUGCCAUCCUGAAACCAGAGAGGGUUGCUGAGGGAACUAUGGCUUUCAUGUUUGAGUCCUCCUUCAGCAUGGCUGUCACCAGAUGGGGCUUGGACACCUGCCAACGCCUGGACAAGAGCUACUACAAAUGCUGGGAGCAGCUGAAGAGCCACUUCAACCCCAACUGGAGACCCAGCAGCAAGUAAACCUGCAAAGAAACAGGUUUCAGAAGAGCUGCGCCUACAUCAACCAACUUAGGAGAGGGCCCAAAGCCAUUUAAUUGAUCAACAUACCAACCCACCAAACAACACGAGAGGGAGUGCUGUUAUUCUGUAUCAGCACGGCUGUGAUUUGUUGGCCCGGGGCCGCAGGCUGAGUGCUGAAUAUAAUCGUGACCUUGAGUGUAAUAAGCUUUUAUACAACAGUUCUACUAGCCUACAAACUCUAUCAAAUAAUGAUUGAGACAAUAGAUGAUGAUUUUGUUGUUCAUUAAGCCCCACCAACAAUUAUAGUUCUUUCAUGUUUCAAUUUAAAAAUCAUGAAAAAAGUGUUUUUUUUCCUAACAAUGUAUCAAUUAGAAUGUAAACAAUUCAGACUGCUGGGUUACAGUAACAAGUUCCAGUGCUAUUGCACUGUAUGUCAGCAAUCGUGGAAUGCCUCUUGUCCAAUUACAUUACUUGACCGGAACUAACUGGCAUAAUCAUCUUUAUUAGCUGUGAAGUUGGGAAUAUGCAGUGCAGCAGAAAAAUACAUAAAUAGCACAUACUCGGCACUCGCAAAUAGAGAUAUGCACACCCACUGACAUUCACAAGCGCACACUAUUUAUCCUCCCCUAAACACACUUACACACACAUGCACACACACAUGCAAGCAUUUCCAAAUACACCCUGAUGCAUGAGCUCAUUCAUUCACGCCCACAGGAACACAUGCACACUCACAGUAAGGCAGAACCGAGUGAGAUAAAUACAGGAGUGAGGAUGGAGAGCUGAAGGCCUGUUCGGUAUGUAGAUGAGUUAAUUAUAGCCUUUUGCCCAUACAGCAUGUGCACGCCUCCCAAAAUUCUGUGCAAAAAUCAUCUGUAUGCUCUGCUUCUUCACAGCAAAUCUGUUCAAUCCCUUUACUGGUAAUUAGAAAAUGGAUGCUCAGUCUGCUCUUCUUCUGCUUGGCUCUAAACCACAAAACAAUCAUGCCCCUUACAAGGUUACCAAAAAAAGUUUUCAAAGCAUAAUCUGUGGUCUUCUUGAUGUUAAAGGUAAAAAUAAAUGAUUUUAGAUUCA